UUUUCAGUUGGCCUUGCUGCUGCACUAAUUAAACCAAUAUUGUAUACCGAUCGACAUGUUCAAAUUCAAUUUCCCGUCGGAAAAUCAGGAUGAAACGGAUACAAUAUCUGACGACCUAAACAGUAGUGGCAAAACUUCUCUCCAAGAAAUAGAUGGGCAAGAAAUUGAAAUAUCAAAUGACCAUUUUCAGAAAAUUAAAAAAUAUCGUGAAAGCUGUUCGUCCACGAGUCUCGUACGUGGUUUUCAUCUUGUUGAUUUGAAAUACGUUGAAGAGCUUGUCACCUCACAGAAGAGUGGAGAAUUUGAAUCUUUGAAGACUGCCAUUAAAAUGAAUAGCGAUGUUAUAAGUGGAGUGUAUGAAGGUGGAUUAAAAAUAUGGGAGUGCACCCUUGAUCUUUUGGAUUACUUGAACAAAGAAUCUGUUCAAUUUGACGGGUUGGAUGUCCUUGAUCUUGGAUGUGGAGCAGGGCUCCUCGGCAUGCAUGCACUGAGAAAGGGAGCUCAUUCAGUCCACUUUCAGGACUAUAAUACUGAAGUGCUUUCCCUUUGCACCAUUCCUAAUGUGAUACUCAACAACAAUCCAGAUGUAAAGAGCAAAACAAAUUUUUUUGCUGGUGAUUGGGGUUCAUUACAUCAUAAACUCAAAAGCUACGAUAUUAUCCUUACUUCUGAGACUAUUUACAAUCCUGAAAAUUACAGAAAAUUAAUACAAAUUUUUGAAGAGAUGGUCAAGAAAAAUGGAGUCAUUUACGUAGCAGCGAAACAUUUUUAUUUUGGUGUUGGAGGUAAUGUUUACGAGUUCGAAAAAUUGCUUCGACAAAACGAAAGAUGGAACACGUCAAUCUGUUUUUGCUCCACUGAAGGUGUAAAACGAGAAAUUCUAAAAAUUGUCCAAUCUGCAGAUCAGAACCAUCAAAGAGCAAAGUACGAUUUGUCAGCUUCUCAAUUUUCUCCCGAUGGUAGAGUUUUCCAGGUCGAGUAUGCUCAAAAGGCCGUCGAGAACAGCGGAACUGCUGUAGCCCUACGAGGUAAAGAUGGUGUUGUAUUUGCUGUUGAGAAACUAGUGACAUCUAAACUAUAUGAAACUGGGGCAAACCGAAGAAUUUUUAACAUUGACACCCAUAUUGGAAUGGCUGUUGCUGGUCUACUAGCGGAUUCAAGGCAAAUUGUGGAAACUGCCAGGACAGAAGCCUCAAAUUACCGUGCUGAAUAUGGUGGCAACAUUCCUGUCAAAUACUUGGCAGAUCGUGUUGCCAUGUAUAAGCAUGCAUACACUUUGUAUUCUGCUGUAAGGCCGUUUGGUUGUUCUGUUGCGCUUGGAUCUUAUGAUGAAGUUGAUGGCCCUCAACUUUUUAUGGUGGACCCUUCUGGAGUUUCUUUUGGUUAUCUUGGAUGUGCGAUGGGCAAAGCAAGACAGGCUGCAAAAACAGAGAUGGAAAAGCUCAAACUUAAAGAUAUGACCUGCAUGGAACUCCUAAAAGAAGCUGCAAAAAUAAUUUACAUUGUCCAUGAUGAAGUCAAGGAUAAGCACUUUGAGUUGGAGCUAGGUUGGGUAGGUGCUGUAACCCAAGGACGUCAUCAAAAAGUCCCUCAAGAUGUAUAUUCUGAAGUCGAACGAUAUGCGAAAUCUGCACUUGAAGAUGAUUCUGAUUCAGGCAACGAUGAUAUGUGAAGAACCGGAAUGAAGAGGGUGACCGAGUUAAUACACUUUGGAAUAUAA